AUGGACCGAUCCCGAUCCCCUGUGGACCGCGGCGCGGGGGGCAAGGGCGUGUGGGGCGCCCCCGGGCUGGUCUACGGCUACCAGGAGCCCGAUGCCCGCGACCCCAACUACGACGAGGCGGCACAGGGGGACACGGUGUUCGCCACCGUGGUGCCCGAGCUGGAGGAGGGCGAGCUGCAGAGCACCGUGCAGCCCAUGGUGCUCGAGUACUUCGAGCACGGCGACACCGGGGAGGUCGUGGAGCUGCUGCGGGGGCUGAACCUGGGCAGCAGGAAGCCCGCGGUGCCCUCGCUGGCGGUGGCGCUGGCGCUGGAGGGCAAGGCCAGCCACCGGGAGCUGACGUCCCGCCUGCUCUCCGACCUGGUGGGCCGCGUCGUCACCCCCGAGGACAUCGCCUGCGCCUUCGACAAGGUGCUGCGCGACCUGCCCGACCUCAUCCUCGACACCCCCGAGGCCCCGCAGAUGCUGGGACAGUUCAUCGCCCGCGCGGUGGCCGACCACGCACUGCCCCUCGACUUCCUGGAGCGCUACAAGGGCCAGGUGGACUGCGAGCACGCCCGCGCCGCGCUGGACCGCGCCGCCGUGCUGCUCCGCAUCAAGCGCGACGUCAACCGGCUGGACAACGUGUGGGGCGUGGGGGGCGGCCAGCGCCCCGUCAAGCACCUCGUCAAGGAGAUGAACCUGCUGCUGCGCGAGUACCUGCUGUCCGGGGAGGUGGCGGAGGCCGAGCGGUGCCUGCGGGAGCUCGAGGUGCCGCAUUUCCACCACGAGCUGGUCUAUGAGGCCCUGCUCAUGGUGCUCGAGGGCUCCGGAGAGGCGCCCGUCUCCAUGAUGGUGACGCUGCUCAAGGUGCUCUGGGAGACGGGGCUGGUGACGCUCGACCAGAUGAACCGGGGCUUCGAGCGCGUGUACGAGGAGCUGGGCGAGCUGAGCCUGGACGUGCCGGGGGCGCAGGGCGUCCUCGAGCGCCUGGUCGAGCGCUGCUUCGCCGCCGGCGUCAUCACGCGCGCCCUGCGCGAUGCCUGCCCGCCCAGGGGCAGGAAGCGCUUUGUGAGCGAGGGCGACGGGGGACAGAUCAAGCAGUGACGGGGACCGCGGUGUCGCCCCGGUGUCCCCCGGGGCCGGGACCGAGGGGCAGACAC